UAGCUGCUGGGCUUGGGGCAUAGAGGACUCGGAGCUGUGCUCUCGUUGGUAACACACCGUCCACAAAAUGACUGCUACUUUGACACUGUAUGUGGACUACAUAUCACAGCCUGCCAGAGCUCUCUUGCUCCUGUGCAGGGCAAUCAACGCCCCACACCAGGAAAAAUACAUUAGGCUAUUGCAAGGAGAUCAUCUGAAGAAGCCGUUCACCGACCUGAACCCCUUCAGGAAGGUCCCUGUGGUGCAGGACGGAGACGUCCUUAUCCUGGAGAGCUGUACGGGGUUGCGGUACAUCGCGAGCAAGUACGACUCUUCAGGAAAGUGGUACCCGAAGGAGCUGAAGGCGAGGUGUAAGGUGGACGAAUACCUGGACUGGCAGCACCUCAACACCAGGGCCCAUGGCGUGGGGUACUUCUGUAACAAGAUUAUAGUGCCCAUCCUGAAGAAGAGUGAGCCUGACAUGAAUGUGGUCAACGAACACGAGCUCAAAUUAGGACAAGUUGAAACACAAUUUGCAAGUUACUUUCUGGGCUCUAAACCAUUCAUUACUGGGCAGAACAUAACUAUUGCUGAUCUGCUGGCCGCCUGUGAAUUCGAGCAGCCCUCGGCAGGUGGCUACCAGCUGUCCCAACCCAUCCUGGAGUACCUCAGCAGAGUCAAGGAGGCGGUAGGCCCGGACUACGAUGAACUCCAUACUGCUUCGAGGCAGCUUGCUCAGAAACGGCUCGCUUGAAAAGCUAAAAUAUUUAGCUUAUUUAGCAAAAUUGGGAUUCAUACUUUGGUUUUAUAACAUGCAUUUUUUGAGAAAAUAAAAUUUAAAAUAAAUUUGUGGCCUA